UCCGAAACACAUGAAGAUCAGGUGUCCUUGUGCGGAGACCAGUAUCCAAUACGAACAAUGCCGAAUUAUCUUUCAAGAACCACGGUUUUAUAAAGAUGGAUCGAUCCUGUUCUAAGGUCGAUCUCGAUAUCCAAACACCAGAACAUUAUUUGGAACACUCAUCUUCUGAAACUAAUCAUGGGUUCUAUCGGUCCUGAAACGGAUGCACAAGCACAAGAGAUUGCCGUCAUUGGCGCGGGCUUUUCUGGCAUUUAUGAAUUGCACAAGCUGAAAGAUGCUGGCUUCAAGGUCCGUCUCUAUGAGGCAGGCGAAGGAGUAGGAGGAAUCUGGUACUGGAACUGUUACCCCGGUGCUCGCGUUGAUACACCCGUCCCAACCUAUCAAUUGACUUCCGACGAUACAUGGACAGAUUGGAACUGGUCCCAAAGAUUCCCAGACUAUUCUGAGCUACGAACCUACUUCCAGCACCUGGUCAAAGUAUGGGGUCUUGAGGAUCUGAUCACCUUCAACACUCGUAUCGAGAGCAUGAAAUGGGACGAUCAAGCUCACCAUUGGGACCUCGAAAUGCGCACUAAUGGGACUGUGCAGACCAAGAGCGCACCAGCUGUGGUUGUGUGCACCGGCUUUGGAUCAAAGCCAUAUAUUCCACCGUGGAAGGGUUUGGAUACCUUCAAGGGCAAUCUGCUACACACAGGGCUAUGGCCCCAAGGAGGUGUGCCCUUGGAUGGCAAACGGGUCGCCAUCAUUGGCACUGGUGCAAGUGGAGUUCAACUGAUCCAGGAAACGGCCAAAGUUGCGAAACAUCUCACAGUAUUUCAACGGACUCCAAACACUGCUCUGCCAAUGAGCAAUCCUCAGUACGACAAGGCGAAGAACGAUGUCUGGAAGAAAUCGUACGCGGAGACCAAGCAGAUGAUGUUGACGACCUUUGCAGGCUUCGACUACGAAUUCCGGAAGGAGAAUGCCAAUAUCUCAACUCCGGAGGUGCGUGCGGCAUUCUAUAAGACUUUGCUCGAGAGUGGCGGUUUGCACUUCUGGCUUGGAACGUAUCAAGAUGUCCUCUUCGAUGAAGAGGCCAACGCUGAAGCCUACGAGUACUGGAGACAAAGUGUCAUCAAGCGCAUCAAAGACACACGAAACCAGGAGAUCUUGGCGCCUAAGGUUGCUCCUCAUCCUUUCGGAACUAAGCGAAUCAGUCUCGAACGACAAUACUUCGAGGUCUUCAACCAGGACAAUGUCCACCUCGUGGAUUUGGUGGAGAACAACAUCUCGGAGAUAACUGAAACAGGCAUCCAGACUAAAGAUGGUGUUCUACACGAGGUCGAUGUCAUUGUCGCCGCAACUGGCUUUGACAGCGUCACCGGAGGCAUUACUGCCAUCGACAUUCGUGGCACCGACCCAAAACAAUCCAUCAAGGACAGAUGGAGCCAAGGUUGUUAUACUUUGUUUGGCUUGACUACUUCAGGCUUUCCCAACAUGUUCAUGAUGUAUGGUCCCCAGGCGCCCACAGCAUUCGCUACCGGACCGUCCUCGGCCGAAUGUCAAGGAGAAUGGAUCACGGCGUGCUUGGAACACAUGCGAGACCAGCAUAUCACAAAGAUCGAUGCGACCAAAGAAGCAGAGAAGGAUUGGAGAGAUCACACCCUCGAGAUGGGUGGCAAGGGUUUAUUCCCCAAGGCCAAAGGAUGGUAUUACGGUGACAACAUUCCUGGUAAGCCCAGAGAAGCGUUGAACUAUAUGGCAGGCUUGCCACUCUACCGUGAGAAGAUCUGGGAGUCUGCGAACAAUGGCUACCGUGGGUUUGAGUUGACGGCCUAGUUACAUGUGUCUAGUGAGGAGUAUUGUGUGGACCUUGGAAAUCAUUGAGUCACUGAACAUUGAAGUGGCAAUCGCUAAAGGUCUCUUCACGAUGCAAUUUUCAUGAUGUUAUUGACCUGUUGGCUAUUGGAAUGAGACGCUUACUGCGAAUCCGUAUACGCCUAGAAUUUUGACUGAUUUGGCAUGAUUUGUCAAGAUAGGGCUCGUUUGCUAGACGUAUUCAGGUUUCUAUGUCUCAGACCACCAGCUCCCUCAUCGCAAUGACAGAUUGACGCAUUACCUAGCCAAGGGAUUUCUUCAGUAGUUAAUCAUGCAUGGA